AUGUCUACUGCUUCUGCGACAACUGAUUCGAAACUUAACGACGAAAAGAAAAGAAGGAAGAUGAUUAAGAUACCCAAGUUUUUGAAGUCCAUCGGAAAGAGAGCAUCCAAUCCGCCCGAAGCGUUAAAACCUACCACAACUGAAAUAUUAAAUCCUACAAUGACUGAAACAUCCCAUCCUGAGACAAUUGAGUCUCUCCGUAAGUAUGAAACAUUACCAGGGCAAGCGCAAAAAUUUCUGGAUCGUGUGGGACAGAAAUUCAGGUGGCCCACUUCGAUGAAAGAUGCUGACAGAGGCAUGGUCUUCUUUUUCUUGGCUGACGAGGAAUCUGCCUUGGAAUUUGACGAUGAAACAGCAUUCAACCUCAUCUUCUUCUAUGAUAAUAUUGACAAAGGAACAUUUAAUGAACAUAAAGACGAAUGGGUAUUGGUGUAUAAACAGCAAUUGAUAAAAUAUGGGCCAGAAUAUACGAGAAAGGAACUAAAGGUCCUCGAAGAAGAAAUGCCUGGCGCAAUAUAUUUGCCGGUCGAUAAAUCGCGUCGUGAUGAUCUUGUAAAGUCUCUGCCAGCAAGAACUGUAUCUGCUCGACAUGUUAAUCAAGAACACAUGGUCUGA